GUUCACCCCUUUUUUUUUUCCCUAACACUUCUCAAUUUCCGUCUUCCAAUCCCACACAGAAUUGUUGGGUUCUUCUUUCAUUUCCCCAACUGGUGUUUAUUUUGUGAAAGAGCUGAUUUGGAGGUUUUAGGUUUUAACAAUUCAGAACCAUUCCGCAACUGGGUUUGUGUCGAAUUUGUGAAAGAACUGAGCUUUUUUUUUUUUUUUGGGCAAUUCAGAACCAUCCAGCAACUGGAUUGGUGUUUGAAUUUUUAUGGGUUUGUGUUGGAAUUGAGAAAAAAAUUUGAUUUUUUAAGCGAUGAUGCCUCCUUCCAUGGUUCAGCAUUAUCAAGAGGAAUCAUCAACAAACGGUGCCGUAUCGGAGAGAGCCGGUGCUUUUGCAAACCUUAGAAGCAUUCAAUGGCGCGUUAAUCUUGGGAUUUUACCCUCUUCGUCAUCUUCUUCAAUCGAUGAUCUUCGUAGAGUCACGGCUGAUUCUCGAAGAAGAUAUGCAGGCUUAAGAAGGCGCCUGCUUGUUGAUCCACAUUUGCCCAAGGAUGUAGGUAAUUCGCCUGAUCCUGUCAUGGACAAUCCACUUUCACAAAAUCCAGAUAGCACAUGGGGUCGCUUCUUUAGGAAUGCUGAGCUGGAAAAAAUGGUUGACCAGGACUUAUCACGUUUAUAUCCCGAACGUGGAAGUUACUUUCAGACACCUGGGUGCCAAGGCAUGUUAAGACGGAUCUUGUUAUUGUGGUCCCUUAGACAUCCAGAAUAUAGUUAUAGACAAGGAAUGCAUGAACUUUUGGCUCCUUUAUUAUUUGUUCUUCAUGUUGAUGUGGAUCGUCUUUGUCAAGUGCGAAAGGAGUAUGAAGACCACUUCACUGACAAAUUUGAUGGUUUAUCAUUUCAUGAAAAUGAUCUUACAUAUAACUUUGAUUUCAAAAAGUUUAUAGAUUCCAUGGAAGAUGAGAUUGGAUCCCAUGGAAAUUCAGCGAAAAUUAAGAGCCUUAAUGAGCUUGAUCCUGAGAUACAGGCGAUUGUACUGCUUAGUGAUGCGUAUGGGGCUGAAGGUGAAUUGGGUAUUGUCUUGUCUGAGAAAUUUAUGGAACAUGAUGCUUACUGUAUGUUUGAUGCUUUAAUGAGCGGCACCCAUGGUUCAGUUUCCAUGGCAGAUUUUUUUGCUCCCUCCCUUGUAGAUGAGCCCCUCACUAGCUUACCUCCUGUGAUUGAAGCUUCUGCUGCAUUGUAUCAUUUGUUGUCUAUUGUUGAUUCAUCUUUACACAGCCAUCUUGUUGAGCUUGGUGUUGAACCGCAGUAUUUUGGAUUACGCUGGUUACGUGUCUUAUUUGGGCGAGAGUUUUCACUUGGAGAUCUGUUGAUAAUAUGGGAUGAGAUAUUUGUGUCAGACAAUGGUAAACUAAACAAAAGUGUUGAAAAUGAUGAAGACUCCAGCUUUAAAAUUCUAAGUACACCACGGGGGGCAUUAAUUGCAGCUAUUGCAGUUUCCAUGAUGCUUUAUCGGAGAUCAUCUCUGCUAGCCACUGAAAAUGCAACUUCCUGCCUCCAGAGACUAUUAAAUUUCCCUGAAAAUGUAGAUCUAGGCAAACUUAUAGUCAAGGCAAAACUUUUACAGGCUCUUGCAUUGGAUAGUAGUAUUUCAUCAUCACAUUCUUCAUUUGCUGGGACUUAUAACCGGUGUAAAUCAGCAGUGGUUAGAGGACUUAACUUUUCAUCUGACUCUAUUUCUCCAAGAACUCCUUUAAGUGUUGUACCUGAUAGCUACUGGGAAGAGAAGUGGAGAGUUCUGCAUAAGCAAGAAGAAAGAAAACAAGGUAGUCCCAGAAAACAAAACCCAACAAAGAAAAGAGGAUGGUCUGAAAGAGUAAAACUAAGCCUGUCUAGAACAGAGUCUGACCCAUCUCCAGCAAGCAUUGGCAAUGGCAAAAAGGAUGUGAAGUCAUCUUUAAGGCGAAGUUUGCUAGAAGAUUUGUCAAAGGAACUAGGUUUGGACGAAGAUAUUGAGAAAGCCAAUGGUUGUGAAGUGUCUACCUCGAAGGAGACACCCACAGAUGAAGUUGAGGUUGAGGGACAAGAUGGUGUCGGUAGGGACUUUACUUGCAUAUCUGAUGAGAGAUGUUUGAGUGGAAGUGCUGGCACUGAGGGAAACCCCUCUUUAUUCUCAGAUCCAGCAAGUUCAUCUAGCGGUGCUCAUGACAAUGAAAAUAACUUCGAAAAAAGUAGUGUUGCAUCAAAUUCUUCUGUUGAUGAAAAUGAUGGUCUUCCCCAGACUGUCAGAGAUGGUUCAUUUCUCCCUGUUUCCCAUAACCCUGAUGAUGGUUCUCAAAAUUCUCGAAUGGACAAUGAAUCUACAGAAAAAUCAGUGAUAGGUCCCAAAGAGCGAAAGCUCCUUGGUAAAUUCCAAUGGAUUUGGAAAUUUGGACGGAAUGCUGGUGGCAGAGAGGAGUCAUCUGAGAAACGAGGAGGUGCUGUUGAGACUAAGAAAUCGGCUGAUGUUGAAGGUCAUCAGAGCAGUGCAACAGACUCUUCAGAUUCUGAAGUGUCUUUUAAGUCAUCGGCUAGCAGCAGACUAGAUACUGUGGACCAAAACGUGAUGGGGACGUUGAAGAAUCUUGGGCAGUCUAUGCUUGAGCAAAUUCAGGUAAUCGAGUCAGUGUUCCAGCAAGAUCGGGGUCAGGCAGGGCCACUGGAAAACUUGUCCAAAAAUGUUAUAGUUGGCAAAGGUCAAGCCACAGCCAUGACAGCCCUCAAAGAGCUUCGGAAAAUCAGCAAUCUUUUAUCAGAGAUGUAAUGUAGCUUUGCUUUUACUGAUGGGUACCUGUGUAUAUAUACAUUUUGUAAUUAUUACCUUUUUUAGUGAGAAAAAAUUAAGAAUUUGUGUUCUUUUUUC